AAACAGCUCCAAGGAAAAUCCCAUCUGUUUGUCCCGAGGAAUAUCUUCGCGUUAGCGUUUGCCCACCAAUUUCGACCAGAAAUGUGUCCUGCCAACAAGCCGUAUCGUUUUCGUCCGAGGACGGUGGCUUGCGAGAAUUCAGUCGGUACUGGAUGUCUAUCGAGUUAUUGGUCAACAUAUUCCUUCAUCCGGUGGUGCAACAGCACAUCUUCAUGUAUCCUGAUUAAUAGGUAUCCCGGAAUCGUCGCUUUGCCGCGAGAGAGGCGACUGGAUGAAAAACACAUGAAAAAAGUUGGAAGUUUUCAUUACCCGCAGCGGCUGAACACAAUUGUUUCCGCAGAACUUUUUAAAUUGCCGGAUGGUCCAGUUGAAGCCCCAGUUGUACCCGUCGAUGCGAUGCCGAUGGACGUCAAAACUGAUCUGCGUGAAAUGUGGGAGCGGUCCUUGAUCGUCGAUAAUGCCGAAAUCUGUGAUGGGCCUCUACAUUCUCAGUAUAUAUUAUCUCGGCUUCGUGCACCGAACUCCACAUUCUGCUUUUUUCCGCAUUCAAAAAAUCGCAUAGUCCUGCUUGGAGAAGAUCGACCAAGAAAGGCAAUCCUAUGAGGGCGCUUUCUGUAUCAUGCUGAGGGCUUACUCGCACGGUAAGUUUAUUUUUAAUUUAACUAUAAAUCAGAGACAUUGUGUUACGGAAGAUUAAC